CAAAAAACUCUGAUAAAACGUAAUCAACUCAAAAUACGGCUCUUUGUAUUUCAAAUCUCUAAAACUUCUCACGCACGCAAUCUCUCACCUAUUUCAUAAUCAUUCUAAUCUAGGGUUCUUUCUUUACAAUCUAAACUGUUCUUUCUUUUUCUUUUGAUUGCCACUCGUUGUUGUUGUUAUUAUUCUCCACAAUGACAGAAAGUGAAAAAACUACGCUUCUCACCGUAAAACAUGAAAUAGAUAGUGAUUCUGAAGCUAAUGAUCCCAACUAUAAGCAUGUCACUGAUCGUAGAACUCUUCGUACUCGUUAUCUCGCCGUUAAGAAUCUUAUUUUCGAUGAAAGAGAUGAUCUUUCUAGUAUCGAUUCUGCUAAAUUCAAGUCGAUUGUUAAUGACUUAGAGAGCUUACAUCAAUUCGUUCUGAAACCUAGAGAACAAAUUGCUGACGCUGAGGCCCUUUUGGACAUCACAAACACAUUGCUUACCUCUGUCAAAGCAACAAACGGCGAUGGGAUUACGAUAUCGGAUUUUGUCGACUCUCUUGUUAGAGACUUUGCGAAACAAAGCAGUAGACCGGACGGCAGAACCUUGAUAGAUUGGAAGAAGAUUGGGAUCGAAUACUCAGAUGCUUCGAGAAGCAGUCGUGGAUGUCGUACCAUGAUUGGGCCUAUGGAUACACAAAUGAAGCAAAGGAAAGCCAGACGAAAACGCGCCAGACUGGUAGAAAACGAGCAGCCUGCAGAGGUUGAUGAUACGGAUAUAAAGAAGAAGACAAAUACAGAUAUCAAUAUGGCAGCCAUGUUUGACAUUCUAAGGAAACACAGAAUCGUGAGGCUCGAACAGUUGGUAUUAAACAGGAACUCUUUUGCACAAACAGUGGAAAACAUAUUUGCAUUAUCAUUUCUAGUCAAAGAUGGUCGUGCUGAUAUUAAACUGGACGAAAAAGGCAUUCAUUUAGUCUCACCAAAGAAUGCUCCUACUGCUACAGCAAUAGCGUCAAAAGAAGUUGUUUACAAUCACUUUGUUUUCAGAUUUGACUUUAAGGAUUGGAAGCUGAUGAAAGAUUAUAUUGAGGUUGGCCAUGAACUGAUGCCCCAUAGGGAUUAAAGUUGAAAGCAUUACAGCAAUUUUAACUUGCAUAUAUGUUGUUGGUGUUGUUUUUGUUUAAUUGUAUGGCUUACAACUGGGGCAUAAUUGGUUUAGUUCAUAGGAUAAUUGUUGUCGAUGCCAAGGCUUCUAUAAUAUUCUCUGGGCUUUUUUGUUUGCUCCAGCUUUCUUUUAAGAAAGUUUAGUAAUCUCUGGUAUACUUUUGAUGAAAAAUAGUAUGUAGAAGUUAUAUUUAUAAAAAAAUUAUGUUAAAGAAAUCGAGUUUUGAUUAAAA